CGCACAUGCACUCUUUGGAUUCUGUCGGUCUUCCAUUGAUUUAAUUUACCAAACAUGUAUAUUGUUUGAGGGCAUCUUUGUUUCCUCUGAUGUCAUUUUUUUUAAUAGAUUAGCAAAUCCAUAACUGAGGGUUCUCUGGAAUCCAUAUGUUCAGGAACGCGUUUUUACGCACAGUGUGUGCGGGUAAAGAAGAGAAGUUGGAUGCCACCAGUUGAAUGGGCCAUGACCAUCAGCCCGGAGCAGCCUGGAAUCGAGCCUCAUCAGCACCAGUGUGACGGACCAAUCACAGCGCUCCGUCAGCAGCGGACCUCCGAGAGGCCAGCUGAAGUUCAGCGGUGAAAUCUUUCGCUUACAGGGAUGACUGAGAACCAGCUUCUUUCAAAUCUAGAUCAAGUUCAUUUGUUGGAAACAUAAAACAACUUGCGGGGUUUUGCGGGAUUGCCUCUCUUAACUUGUACCAUCACUCAAAGCGAUUGUUUCCGAUACAGACAGCAGAGCAGAGAAUCUGAGAACAUCUCGGUGUUCACUCCCUCCUCUCUCGUCUCCAGCAUGCGUUUUUUUUCUUCUCGAAGUGCCGCGAUGAUGGAUUAUCGAUGUCCUGGUGGAGACACAGCGUGAGUGGCUGAGACCUGCAGCGCUUCAGAAAAACAACCGAAACCCACCAAAACAGGUGAUCUAGAGAGCAAACAAACGCUCCAUCCCUCCACAUCAUCUCCUGCUACAACAGCUGCCAUCUGAGAAGCGCUGACAUACACACUACAGUGCGCAGGCUCUCCAGCAUCAAACCCCACAGCAACGCGCAGCGGAUCACUCAGAAAAACCACUUCAAAUUUGUUUGUCGACACAGCAGAAAGUUCUGGAAAUCAAGCACAAAUUCCCAAAGACAACACAGGAAGAAAAGCCUCUCGGAUAACUCAGACGGAACAACACUUUGUGGAUGAAAUGCUUUGUUUCCACGUCCCCCCCCCCCCUCUUCUUCUGUUGAACUCUCCUCAGAAGGUUAGAGGAGCAUGUAACUGAAACAAGCAGAGCCCUCUGUGAUUCCAGCAUUCUGUUCCCCCCAUCUGUGCCUACAUUCUCUGCUACAGAUAGGGACGUUUUGAUAAUUACAUAUAAUUAUAAUUUCUGUGGGAGACAGAUCUGCCUCUGUCUAUUAUUGCCAACACCUCCAGCACAAUAACUCCACACAUUUACAUAUUUCUUUACAAAAGUGAUAUUCUUUGAACCCCAGAGACAAGUUAGGAAUAAUCAUACUCCAAGAGACAUGUCACACGUUGAAGCAAAGUGCCACUCAACUCAGAUCUAAUCAGGGAUACAGCAGAGUGACAUAGGCCGUGCUUGUGCCUAAAAGCCGAAUGAAAACCAUUGCUUUCAGCGGCGUGUCUUUUUAGACAGGCGACUCUUUUUUAGAUGCACGCUUGCUCCCGAUUUUCUGCAGUCACACUUAUUCAGCACAUAAGCGGAUCCUCAUCGUCACCCGCAGAGCAGUCACAGUAACGGCCUGUGCCGGGGAAGUACUGAUACCAGCCCGUCGUGGAACAGAUUCAGAUGAUGCAUCAGUGGAUUUGUGCCCGGACGAGCACAGAGAUGUUAUCCCACAAAUUUAGGCUACAUUAAUGGAUAGAAGCGAUCAGUGGUGCCAUCAUCUAAGUCCAAAAGAUUGUGUCAUCAAGGCAAGAACAAUACCACAGUCAUUUAUAGGAGAUAGAAUUGCAUUUUUUUGUGAGAAUGAUUGCUUUUAAGUUAGAUAAGUGCCCAUCAUGACUGUUUUCAGAACCUGACUGAAAUAGUCAACCAAGAAAGACAAGAAAGGUGGCCAUUGACCACUCUUUUAAGUGCCACAAUUUCCGGAAUGUACAGAAAUGCCAUAUUUUACUAAACAGACUUAAUGCUGAUUUAUAUUGGAUUAUUUUUGCCUCCAAGAAGCAGUUUCACUCAUGGGACUUUAAAAUAGAACUUCUUCUGUUCCGUAUGAUUAACUAAAUGCAUAACAUAGGCUGUUUAUUAAUAUAAUUUAAAUUAAAGCCUCUUCAAUGUUGUUAUUUGAAGGCGUUGACGCGUAAAAAGAGAAAAAAAAUCACAACAGUUUGUUCUUUUUUAGUCAAUCUGACCAAUUACUAUACUUUUGUGAGCACAGACAAAGACAGACGACAGACACCAGACAUUUCCAGACCGUGUUACUGAAUGAGACCACUGAUACAUCAUCAUUAACCAGUGGGCCGUGUGUUUUUUUGCAUGCACACUUCAUGGGAUCUUAGUGGGUUAAACUGCAAAAGCGGAUACAGCAUUGUAACUGCCUUGACUCAACCACAGAAAAUAGAUGUCUUAGUCAUGUGAAAAUGACGCCCACCACCAAUCUUCGAGUCCUUGCUGUUUCGCUGCUCUCCCUCCUCGCUGCCCUACUUAGCACUGCUGUGGAGACCUCUCUGUCCCCGCUUCCUCAGCAAACUGACCGCACCAGAGGACCAUAUACCGAGGAGCCCAAGAAUGACUCCAGUCCGUCAAUUCUGCUCCUUGCCAUUCAGCCCAAUCUCCUGCCAGCGGCUCUCCAAAGCCGGCCCAAACGCCCCGUAGAGCUCCCAGAAACCUCAGGGGGGGUUUUGGAAACACCUCCUAAACCUUUGCCCCAGGUAAUGUUCCCCAAGAAUGUAACGUCAUCAGAGGCCCUCGCACCACCUCUAGGCGCAGCCCAGGUCGCGCCUUUUCAAAUGAUGGAUGGAUGGACGGAUGUAUGUCGAGGCUAUUACGACGUAAUGGGACACUUUGAUUCAGCCUUCAACUGUUCCAAGGACUCCUUCAUCUACUGCUGUGGAACCUGCCACUACCGCUUCUGCUGUCCAGAGUCUAGCAGAAAACUGGAGCAGGACAACUGCAAAAAUUAUGACUCCCCAGACUGGGCCAAGCCGCAGACGGAGAUCAUGAUCCUUCCAGACGAUGGGGGUUCUGACCCAGACUUUGACCCGCUGAAGCAGCAGAGUCACAACACAGGCUUCGUCAUUGGGGGCGUAGUUGUGUUCAUGGUGGCCGUUGCUGUGGGCAUUAAGGUGGUUUUCAACAAAGUGCAACAGGAGGCCCACGAGAGGGACAUGAACAUGACGAGAGCCUUUGUUGACAUGCUGCGGCACCAGCCGAGUCCAGUCCAGCAGGAUGAGAGAAACAACAGCGUGGCUCUUACUGUUGGGGAUGGGCAGGGGACGAUAGGAAGAGCUCCGAAAAACCUCUACGCUCCAGGAGUGCCCAGCAAAGACAACAGACUGGGAAAUCUGCAGCACAAUUUCAUCCACUCAUCAGGCAACAGCCCCAAACACACGGCAACCAUCGAACGCACGCCUCGAAUGAACAAUGCUCAGCUGGCAGCUGGAGGCACCCUGCUUUCCAGUAAGCACAACAAUACCAAAUCCCAACCUGCUUUCCACCACUCCCUGCACAAUCUGGCCCAGCUGCCGCCUUCCUAUGAGAGCGCCACCAAGCCUGAGCUCAACAGAUAUUCCUCGCUCAAACGCCUCGAGAAAGGUCUCGAUGAGUACUCGUCUGGCUACUGCACCACCAAGCGCCGGCCUCACACCGCCCAACCCGCCCUCCAGUCCUCUCAGCACCAUCUCCACUGGGGUGGGGACUACACCCUCGGUGGCAGAGGAACCCUUCCCAGGCAUGCAGCCCGACCCUGGAUCCCACCACCACCUUCUGGCAUGCCUGCCUCCCCUACUCCUAAUCCUUAUCCUCUGGAUCCCCCGGAGCCCCAAUAUAAUCCCAACUACGACACUCUCUCCAAGCCUCCCAGGAAAGUCAAGUCUACUGACCAGCUGCUCAACAUGGCCGAUGUCCCAGGCAACACUGGUACUCUGUCCCGGUUGUCCAAGAACCAGCAGCAUCAGUACUACAAAGCCAUGGCUGCCUCCAACAAGAACUCCAACACGCAAACCCUCACCAGGAAGCCCCAGGACAGACAGGAGAGACAGGAAAGGCAGGAAAGGCUCCUUAUGUCACCAGACCAUUUGGAAGAGAGGAUGGGAGUUCCCGGGAUGGGAGUUGUAGACCCAUACGCUCACACAGGAGGGAUUGUCCCCACGCUCCCUCGCCAGCAGAAGGCCCAGUCCCAGCAGAACGUCUGCGCCACGCCAUCUCUCGACCGGCACCACAUGAUCAAGAUGAACUCUCACCCCACAUCGGGUCGAGAGCAAGAGCGGAACACGCCCAUAACAGGGCACAUGAGUGGGGGCGUAGCCUGGUCAGGGGAAAUGCCUGGGGCGGGGGUAGUCAUGGGAACAGGAACACUUGGAGGCCACAGCGCCAGGAGGAUGGCGUUUGCAGCAAAAAGGCAGAACACCAUCGAGCAGCUACAUUUCAUCCCAGGAGGGGGCGGUGGGGGAUCCGCAGGGAGUGGAGGAGGCAGUCAGGGAAUCAGAACGGGAAGUAAAAAUGAGGUGACCGUGUGAGGUUCGUGCCUAGUUGUAGACUCUACUGCUUAGCAGAUUCGUGGGAAUAGCCAGACAGUCCUUUUGCAUUCAACUAAUAGAUAACAGCUAUCAAAGCAUAAAACUAGACUUAAGAAGUAUUGUAACAGCUUAACGUGUUCAGGCUAAUCAAAUUAGUGUACUCUUGUAAUUAAAUUAGCUUGAAAAUGAAAUCUUAGUAUGGAACAUCUGUGUCAUGUUUGUGAUAGCCUACGUCAGCCAUAUUUUGUAACAAAAUUUGCCAUAUUGCCAUAUGCAGCAGUGCCAUUACUUCUAGAAAGACUAACAGGACAACUGAAACAAGACCAACAGAGGAUUUGCUCAUGAUUUAGUUUUUAGUUUUUUUCCAAAAAAAGUACUCAGGAGCCAUAUUAGAUAGAAAAGGAGAGUAUAUUUAGAAAGACUGGAUGAAGCAGAAGAGCGGGUGAGAAUUUCCCUCCCAGAGUCUGACAGAGCAAAGCAAUCAGGACUCUUUGAACAGUUAUUCUGCGAAGUCCUGGCUAACAAGGUGUUUUUUAUUUUAAAGACUGGAUUUUACUGGCUGGGAAGCCCUACAGAUCAGAUGAGUCUCAAAGACCCAUGUGCCUGGUGGACGAUUUUUUUUUCUUUUCUUGCUGGAUAUUCUUCUUAAAUUAACCUCAUCCAGACACAAGAAGACUAAAGUAUUCCUGUUGCUUCCUAUGUACUGGAGCAGACAAGAUGGUGGAUGGGGCUGUUUGUGACUGCUGGAAAGGCUCCGUGCCUGAUUUCAACUGCGGACGUACCCACAUAAACAAUCUGCUGCCUGGGUUGCCUAGUUUUCCAUGUGACCUUAGAUUAUAAUCCCCAGAGGAUCUCAGAUGGUUGACCACUGUUACACUAAAGGAGUGUAAGGAGACGAUGGAGCAUGUGACGGGUGAGAUUACUGUUUACGAAACAGGACCUACCAGUACAAAAAAGUGGGCUACCAAAUAUUGUAGAGCCAUUAAAAUGUUGACAGAGAAUUAAGAGAUUAUAAACAGUACUUUUCAGUUUAACUAUAAAGCAGCAACUUGCUGUAAUUUACGUUGUAGAUACAGAGCAUAGAUUCUUUUUUUUUUUUUUACAGAGCACAAAUGAGUAGAGCAUGAUGCUGAGAUUGCACUUACACAACUGCCCUUCAAAGCCAUAGCCAUCUAUGGGGGAAACAAAGAAACAAAACCACAGAGGAAGCUGGUCUGACAAUCACCUCUUAACUAUUAUCAGCGGGUGACAAGUUACCCGAGUUAGUGAUGUUUUGUACAGUCAAAGGAUUGGCUUCAGAGCCGUUCAAACAAUGAGUGUGGAGGACGAGGCCAGGGUCUUCUCCUGCACGGCUUUGUGUGCUGCAAAAGACUCAGAUGGAAGGAAAGCCCUUCCCCUCUCCAAGACAAAGACUUUGCUGUAUCAUAACGCACUUCACUUGGUAUGAGAAUAAAAAAAGGAAAAAAAGAAAAUAAACUAAGAAAAACAGGUAAAAAAAAAAAUCACCAAUAACAACGCUUAUCAAUACUAAGGGCUAUCCUAUCCUAUAUACUUCAGUAUAUGUGAUAUAUGUGAUCCAUAUAAAAUAGUAUCUCUUUCUAUUGAUUUUGUGUUGAUAUUGUUAUGGCGUAUCAAGUAUUAACGUGUUUAAAAAAAGAUAUGAACACAAGGAAUUUAAGCACAGUUCAAAGAGACAAAAAAAACUUUGCACAAACCAGUCCCCUGAUAUUUGCACCAGUUACCAACCUACUCUCUGUGUCGAAUCUUCAAGGUUUAUCUUCUGCACAUGCGCACAGUAAAGAGUGACUGAUCAACAGAGGGAACUGCAUCGAGAGAGGAUUUUAUUUUGUUGUUUAAAUAGGCAGAAAUCUUUUUUUUUCACAUUAAAAAGAAGGUACUGUUUGAUUUUUGUUCAGUCACGUGAAAAGGAGACAGAAACAAAAUGCCGACACAAGGAUUCACAUUUGGACAAUCUUCCUACACACAGUUCUACAUGUAGUUAUGAAUAUGAUGGAGUGUUAUUAUUAGUAAUUAUUAUAACUGUUAUGGUUAUUAUUAACAAUUUAUCUUAUGGUGUGAUGUUCUUUUACUUGGUGGAAUUUAAGUGUUUAUUGUUUCUAGAUAACUAGCGUUCUCAUGACUAGUUAGUGGUUCAUGCAUCUGGUCACCAAAUUUUGAAAAACAUUCCAAAUCUUGAUGCAUGCCAGCUCCAUUCCAUUGAGAGGCAUUGACAGCAUGCCCGGGUCUUCAGGUCAGUGGUAUUUACACGGCCAGUUUUUGCAGCUGUAUGUACUGUGCCUAGACAUCAGCCUUAUGACUCCUUCAAAUGAUUACUGAGAUUUCCACUUUGGUACAGAAUAUGUUAAAAAAAAAAACAGCAGCCUUCUAAAUGUUGAAGGAAUAGGUGAGCUUUUGUUGGGGAUUCAUGGAUUAUAUGUUUUCUGCAGCAGCCUUACCCACAAAGUUCUCAUGGGUUGCAUGUGCUGUAAUCAUGAGACAUGUAUGUAUGUUCAGAUGAAUGUUUCUUUUUUCAUUUGGGAGAAGAAUAGAAGUGUAACGAAAACCCAUAAGCUCUAAACACAAUUUCAUUUUUUGAGGAAAUCGGACAGACAACAUACAGUUACAUUUUCCUUUUUUAUUUAUGUAUUUUUUGGCUUUUUAUUUAUUCAUUUUUUUAACAGAGCCACAAAAUGUUUGUAGCAAAGUCUGUAAAAUCUCACAAGCCAUAUUUCCAUUGAGUCUCAUUAUUCAUAAUUUUUUUUAAAUGGUUAAUCUGAUUUUGUGCAAGUAUUGUGUUUUGUAUAGUUAGUAAAAUCAGAAUAUUUUACGUGAUCUCUUUAAAAUUAAUUUGAAUAUUUAAAAAAAAAGAAGUUCAGUGUUAGUAUAUAAGAAAUUGUACAGUGCCAAAUUCAUAAACAUUUUGUUGUCUUUUUAAUGUCAUUGCCUCUUAGACAGCAUAGGGGUGCUUUUAUUUUCUUAACACCGAAAUAUAACAGCUGCACGCACAUUGAAAAAGCUUGCUUUCAGAAAGAAAUGAAUGAAUAUGGUGUGUGCUUUAGCCAUUAUGAAUUCAUUUAGAGGGAUGAUGUUCUAUGGCCACCUUCAAUGGACAGACAAAAACGUCCAAAUCUGAAAAUGGUUCAUUUUUUUGCUCCCAUGCCUGCAAAUUUGAAUAUGUUUUUGUCACAUUUUAAUGCAUUGAUCCCCCUUGGAUACGACAGUGAUUUACAAAAAAUUUGUUUAAUAAAGUUGGUGGAAAACAUG